AUGAUGCGCAAUCAGCGAGCCCAACGGAGAUAUGGGGUUGACGAUACCAGGGGUGACUGCUCUUCGCCCAUUGAGAUGGCCUCCAUGGACAUGUUCACCAGCUUGGACGCAGAUGGUAGUGGCAGCAUCUCCCGCGACGAGUUUGCGAAGCUGAUGCAGCAGAUGCAGGGUCAGAACACCACCUGCCCGUCUUGCGGCAACGUGUACAUGGACGACUCGCUGUUCUGCCGGAAGUGCGGCCAGAAGCGCGACCAGGCCCCUGGCGCGUACACCGGCGCGCCGGGCGCCGUUCCCUACGGGGCUCCGGUCACGUACGGAGCACCGGUAACUGGCGCCAGCCCUUACGGAGCUCCGGUCAGCUACGGUGCUCCUGCACCUGCCACAUAUGGGGCUCCGGCUGGCUACGGAGCUCCGGUGACCUACGGAGCUCCGGCGCCUGCCACGGCCAGCCCGGUGACCUACGCGGCUCCGGCGCCUGCCAACUACGGAGCGCCAGCAACCAGCCCAGUCACCUACGCCGCCCCGGCGCCUGGCCCGGUGACUUACGCAGCCCCUGCCCCUGCCAAUUACGGAGCUCCAGCAAGCAGCCCAGUCACCUACGCGGCUCCGGCGCCUGCCACCACCAGUCCGGUGACCUACGGAGCUCCUGCGCCUGCCACCUACGGCGCUCCAGCCCCGGUGACCUAUGCGGCUCCGGCGCCUGGCCCGGCCACCUACGGUGCUCCAAUGCCUGCCUACACAGCUCCGGCCGCCACAACCAGCCCUGUGACCUACACGGCUCCCGCAGCCACAACAACCCCGGUGACCUACACAACUCCGGCCGCCACCACAAGCCCCACCGCUGUGGCACCAGGCUCAUCUCAAGCAAUGGCCCCUAUGUCAUCAUCGGCUGCAGUGGCGGCGCCGAUCCAGAGCAUGCCAGCGACCACCACUCCGGUCACAACCUACACAGCUCCAGCCGCCACUACUAGCCCGGUCACCUACACAGUGCCGGCUGCCACCACGGCGCCUGCCACUACCGGCCCGGUCACCUAUGGAGCUCCGGUGCCUGCCACUACUAGCCCGGUGACCUACGGAGCUCCAGCGCCUGCCGCUUAUGGAGCUCCGGUCUCCUACGGAGCUCCGGUGCCUGCCACCAGCCCGGUCGUCACCUACGCAGCUCCGGCGCCUGCCCCUGCCGGCCCGGUCACCUAUGGAGCGCCAGCGCCUGCCACGAGCCCGGUCGUUCCAUACGCAGCCCCGGCGCCUGCCACCUACGGGUCUCCGGUGCCGUUCUCAGAUGACCAAUUCGCCCGCCUGGACGUGAACAAUGAUGGCACGCUCACCCGUGAGGAGUUCGCGAAGAUGAUGGGUCAGGUGGCACCCGGACCUGGCUCUUCCGUGCAGUACGCGCAACCACAGCCAGCUUAUGGUUCCUCGGUGGCCAUGCCAGCCCCAGCGCCAGGCCCAGCUCCAGCGCCAUCGAACGCUGUGUACGCAGCCCCAGCCCCAGCGCCAGGCCCAGCUCCAGCGCCAUCGAACGCUGUGUAUGCAGCCCCAGCACCAGGCACAACGCCUGGCCCGGCACCGUCGAAUGCUGUUUACGCAGCCCCAACACCGGCUCCUAGUCCAGCGCCAUCGAACGCUGUGUACGCAGCCCCAGCACCAGGCAAAACUCCGGCUCCUGGCCCGGCACCAUCGAACGCUGUGUACGCAGCACCUGCACCAGCGCCAGCCCCUACCCCAGCGCCAUCGAACGCCGUUUACGCAGCACCUGCACCAGGCACAACGCCGGCCCCCGGCCCGGCACCGUCGAACGCUGUGUACGCAGCACCUGCACCAGGCACGACACCGGCCCCCGGCCCAGCGCCGUCGAACGCCGUGUACGCAGCACCUGCACCAGGCACCACACCGGCCCCUGGCCCAGCGCCGUCGAACGCUGUGUACGCAGCCCCAGCGCCAGGAACAACACCGGCACCAGCGCCGUCGAAUGCUGUGUACGCCGCCCCAACGCCAGCACCGGCACCUGCACCAAUGACCUACGCUGCCCCAGGUCCCGCGCCUGGCCAGCCCAUGACCUAUGCUGCUCCAGGUCCAGCGCAGCCCAUGCCCUACGCUGCCCCAUCCCCCGCACCGAUGUAUGCUCCGGCCACAUACACGACCCCGGACAUCCCACAAUAUGCGACACCAGCACCGGCCACCUACACUGUGGCACCGGGUUCAUCUCAAGCAGUGGCCCCCAUGACAUCCUCGGCUGCAGUGGCAGCACCGAUCCAGAGCAUGCCUGCGACGACCAGCCCGGUCGCGAGCCCAGUCACUACCAGCCCGGUCACCUACACAGCCCCAGCUGCCACCACCACUCCGGUCACAACGUACACAGCUCCAGCCGCCACUACCAGCCCGGCAACUUACACAGUGCCGGCUGCGACCACCAGCCCUGCGGUGACCUAUGCAGCUCCGGCACCUGCCACUACCGGCCCGGUCACCUAUGGAGCUCCGGUGCCUGCCCCGGUGACGUACGGAGCUCCGGUCAGCUAUGGUGCUCCGGCGCCAGCCACCUAUGGGGCUCCGGCGCAGUCCUCAGUCCUGAGAUGCUUCCUACAUGGCGCCAACCCCAGACUGAUCUUGCUUAACGACCAGUUCGCCCGCCUGGACACGAACAAUGAUGGCGGGCUAACCCCCGAAGAAUUUGCGCAGCUCAUGGGCCAGGCCCCCGGUGCGUACGCUGCCGACCCGUAUGGGGCUCCAGUCAGCUAUGGAGCUCCGGUCAGCUACGGUGCUCCGGCGCCUGUCACUUACGCGGCUCCGGCGCCUGGCGCUGCCGACCCCUACGCAGCUCCAGUCAGCUACGGUGCUCCGGUCAGCUACGGAUCUCCAGUGCCUGCCGCAACCGCGCCCAUCACCUAUGCGGCUCCGGCGCCUGCCACCACCAGCCCAGUCACCUACGCGGCUCCGGCGCCUGGCACCGCCGACCCCUACGGAGCUCCGGUCAGCUACGGUGCUCCGGCGCCUGUCACCUACGCGGCUCCCGCUCCUGGCACUGCCGACCCCUACGGAGCUCCAGUCAGCUAUGGUGCUAGCCCUUAUGGAGCUCCGGUCAGCUAUGGAGCUCCAGCCGCCACCGCACCGGUCACCUAUGCGGCUCCCGCACCGUACGGCGCCCCGCAGUACCAGACCUCGUAUGCGUACCCGGGCGGCAGCGACCUCUUUGCCCGCGUGGAUGCAGAUGGCAGUGGCAAUAUCUCGCCCGAGGAGUUUGCGAAGUACAUGCAGAUGCAGGGCCAGGGCGGGAGCACCAACUGCCCGGCUUGCGGCAACGUGUACUUGGACGACUCGCUGUUCUGCCGCAAGUGCGGCCGCAAGCGCGCGAGUUUUGUUUCUUCUGUCAUCGACAAGAGGGGCCCGUGCAGCCGCAAACGCGACGAGGUGGAGCGGUUGGGCCUAUGGAUCAAGUUUGGACAAGCCUUUUUGUGGUCACUGGAGUCGGCAGGACCCAUCGAAGACAUGGCUUCCAUGGCCGGGGACAUGUUUGCUCGCCUGGAUGCGGAUGGUAGCGGCAGCAUCUCCCGCGACGAGUUUGCGAAGCUCAUGCAGCAGAUGCAGGGCCAGGGUGUGAUGAGCACCAACUGCCCGGCUUGCGGCAACACAUACAUGGACGACUCGCUGUUCUGCCGGAAGUGCGGGCACAAGCGCGAGGUUUCUGGUGCGCCGGGCACCGUCCCCUACGGGGCGCCAGUCAGCUACGGAGCUCCGGCGCCUGGCACCACUGGCCCUUACGGAGCUCCAGUUAGCUAUGGUGCUCCAGCGCCUGCCUACGGAGCGCCUGUCGCUUAUGGUGCUCCGACUCCCAGCGCCACUGCCCCCUAUGGCGCGCCGGUCAACUAUGGAGCUCCGGCGCCUGGCACCACUGCCCCCUACGGAGCUCCUGCCACCACCGGCCCGGUAACCUACGCAGCUCCCGCACCUGCCACCUUUUCAGCUCCCAUCACUGCGCCAGUCACGUAUGCGGCUCCUGCGCCUGGUACUACUGCGCCCUAUGGAGCUCCAGCACCUGCUACUGUUGCGCCGGUCAGCACCACCAGCCCAUACGGAGCUCCCGUGCCUGCCACUGCCACCACCAGCCCGGCAACCUAUGCACCGGUCACCUACGGAGCUCCGGCGCCUGCCACCGCUGGCCCUCUAACCUAUGCACCCACCACCACCGGUCCGGCCACAUACUCGGCACCUGGCACCACCACUUACGGAGCUCCGGUGCCUGCCUACUCAGCUCCGGCAGCCACGACCAGCCCGGUGACCUACACAGCUCCGGCAGCCACAACCAGCCCGGUGACCUACACGGCUCCAGCAGCCACCACCAGCCCGGUGACCUACACAGCUCCAGCAGCCACCACCAGCCCGGUCACCGUUCCAGCUACUACCAGCCCAGUCACCUACGCAACUCCGGCCGUUACUACGAGCCCAACAGCUCCGGCCGCCACGACAAGCCCGGUCACCUACACAGCUCCAGGCGGGAGUUCAGUCGCCUACACAGCUCCGGCUGCAACUACAGAUCCGAUGCCUGCUAUUACCAGUCCUGCGACUUACACAGCUCCAGCCGCCACUACCAGCCCAGUCACCUACACAGUGCCGCCUGCCACCACGGUGCCUUCCACCACCAGCCCGAUCACCUAUGGAGCUCCGGUGCCUGCCCCUGCCGGUCCAGUGACGUAUGGAGCUCCGGUGCCUGCCGCUGGCCCGGUCACCUACGGAGCCCCGGCGCCUGCCAACUACGCAGCUCCGGCAACCAGCCCAGUCACUUACGCAGCUCCAGCGCCUGGCACUGCUGUCCCUUACGGAGCUCCGGCGCCUGCCACUAGCCCGGUCGUUCCCUACGGAGCUCCAGCGCCUGCAACCUACGCGGCUCCGGCUCCAUUCAUGGACCAAUUCGCCCGACUGGACGUGAACAACGAUGGCACGCUCACCCGUGAGGAGUUCGCGAAAAUGAUGGGUCAGGUGGCACCUGGACCUGGCUCGUCCGUGCAGUACGCGCAGCCACAGCCAGCUGCUUAUGGUUCCUCGGUGGCCAUGCCGGCCCCGGGUCCCUCAGUGGCUAUGCCGGCCCCUGCUCCCUCACCAUACGCAGCCCCAACGCCAGGCCCAGCUCCAGCGCCGUCAAAUGCUGUGUACGCAGCCCCAGCGCCAGGCACGACACCGGGCCCGGCACCGUCGAAUGCUGUGUACGCAGCCCCUGCACCAGGCACAACGCCUGGCCCGGCACCGUCCAAUGCUAUUUACGCAGCCCCAACACCGGCGCCGAGCCCGGCGCCAUCGAACGCUGUGUACGCAGCACCUGCACCGGCCCCCGGCCCAGCGCCAUCGAACGCUGUGUACGCAGCACCUGCACCAGGCACAACACCGGCCCCUGCCCCGACGCCAUCGAACGCUGUGUACGCAGCCCCAGCACCAGGCACAACACCAGCCCCUGGCCCAGCGCCAUCGAACGCUGUUUACGCGGCCCCUGCACCAGGCACAACGCCGACCCCUGGCCCAGCGCCGUCCAACGCCGUGUACGCAGCCCCAGCACCAGGCACAACACCGGCCCCUGGCCCAGCGCCGUCGAACGCGGUGUACGCAGCACCGGCACCAGGCACAACACCGGCCCCUGGCCCAGCUCCGUCGAACGCUGUGUACGCAGCCCCAGCGCCAGGAACAACACCGGCACCAGCGCCGUCGAAUGCUGUGUACGCCGCCCCAACGCCAGCACCGGCACCUGCGCCAAUGACCUAUGCUGCCCCAGGUCCCGCACCUGGCCAGCCCAUGACCUAUGCUGCUCCCGGUCCAGCGCAGCCCAUGCCCUACGCUGCCCCAUCCCCCGCACCGAUGUAUGCUCCGGCCACGUACACGACCCAGAGCAUCCCACAGUAUGCAACACCCGCACCAGCUACCUACACUGUGGCACCAGGUUCAUCUCAAGCAGUGGCCCCCAUGACAUCCUCGGCUGCAGUGGCGGCACCGAUCCAGAGCAUGCCUGCAACAACCAGCCCGGUCGCGAGCCCAGUCACGACCAGCCCGGUCACCUACACAGCUCCGGCCGCCACGACGACCCCGGUCACCACCUACACAGCUCCAGCUGCGACUACCAGCCCGGUCACCUACACAGCUCCGGCCGCCACUACCAGCCCGGUGACUUACACAGCGCCCGCAGCCACUACCAGCCCGGCCACAUACACAAUGCCAGCUGCCACCACUAGCCCUGCGGUGACCUACGGAGCUCCAGUGCCUGCCACCACCAGCCCGGUCACCUAUGGAGCUCCGGUGCCUGUCUCUACUGGGCCAGUGACCUACGGAGCCCCGGUGCCUGCCACUACCGGCCCGGUGACCUACGGAGCCCCGGCUCCGGCGCCAGCCACCUAUGCCGCUCCGGCUCCAUCUCCAUACAUGGACCAAUUCGCCCGCCUGGACGUGAACAAUGAUGGCACGCUAACCCCCGAGGAGUUUGCGCAGCUGAUGGGCCAGGCUCCUGCGUACGCUGGUGCGCCAGGCGGUGACCCCUAUGGGGCUCCAGUCAGCUACGGAGCUCCCGCGCCUGGCGCCUAUGGCGCUCCAGUCAGCUACGGAGCUCCGGUGCCUGCCACCACCAGCCCAGUAACCUAUGCGCCUGCCAAUGCCGGCCCAGUCACCUACGGAGCUCCGGCGCCGGCCACCACCGGCCCAGUCACCUAUGCAACUCCGGCGCCUGGUACUGCCGACCCCUACGCAGCUCCGGUCAGCUACGGUGCUCCGGUCAGCUACGGUGCUCCGGCGCCUGCCCCGGUCACCUACGCCUCUCCGGCGCCUGCUGGCACCGCCGACCCCUACGGAGCUCCGGUCAGUUACGGUGCUAGCCCUUAUGGAGCCCCAGUGUCCUACGGAGCUCCUGUGCCUGCUGCUGCUACCGCGCCGGUCACCUAUGCAGCUCCAGCACCCGGCACCACCAGCCCCUACGGAGCGCCUCAGUACACGUACGCCGCCGCUCCCGGGCAGCCGUCGGCCGCGCCAACAUUUGUGCCAAAUGCAAGCUACCAGACCCCAUAUUCGUACCCGGCGGCAGCACCAAUGUCCGGCGGCAGCGUCAGGGAUCUCUUUGCCCGUGUGGAUGCAGAUGGCAGUGGCAAUAUCUCCCCAGAGGAGUUUGCAAAGUACAUGCAGAUGCAGGGCCAGGCGGCAACGCCUUUCCGCCCUUUGGGUCCACCUGGGUUUCUACCUAUGCCCACGAAGGUUUGUGCCUAUGCCGACUUGAAGGUUUGUGCCUUUGCCCACGAAGGUUUGUGCCCAUUCGUGGGCACAGGCGCAAACUUUGGUGGGCAUCAUCGGCACAGCGUGCCGAUGCCCACGAAGGUUUGUGCCUAUGCCGACGUGUACGGUAUACUUCUGGAUGCCUAUGGAUCAGAUUCCGACAUGUUUGCUCGCCUGGAUGCGGAUGGUAGCGGCAACAUCUCCCGCGAAGAGUUUGCGAAGCUGAUGCAGAUGCAGGGCGGCGGGAUGAGCCCAACCUGCCCGGCUUGUGGCAACGUGUACAUGGACGACUCGCUGUUCUGCCGGAAGUGCGGCCACAAGCGCGACGAGGGUGCCGGGCUUGGCGGUCUUGGCGGUCCUGGCGGUCUUGGCGGUCUUGGCGGUGGGCUUGGGGGUGCAUCGCCCGCGCGCGUGAUGAGCCCGGAGGAGUACCAGCAGUACCUGGCGUCCACCGGCGGAGCCCCGUAUGGGGCGCCGGCGUCCGGGGCCACCUAUGGGGCUCCAAUCUCCUACGGCGCUCCCGCCGCCCCGCCCAGCUACACUCCGGCCUACGUCCCUCCCACGCUUGGUGCUCCCUCUGCCGCCCCGGCCAGCUAUGGGGCUCCAACCUACGGGGCUCCGAGCGCAACCCCGGUCACCUAUGGGGCUCCAACGACGUACGCGUCUCCCGCCACCACGGGGGCUCCCACGUACAGUGCUCCGACGGCAACCCCAGCCACCUACGGGGCUCCAACGUACGGGGCUCCAACGUACGGGGCUCCCACCACAACCCCCGCCACCUACUCGGCUCCGACGUACGGGGCUCCAAGUGCAGCCCCAGUGACCUACGCGGCUCCAUCACCAGGGACUGCCAGCUACGGGCCUCCCAUUAUCAGCCCGGCUGCCUACACGGCUCCAACAGCUCCGACCGUAGCCCCUGCAACGUACUCGGCGCCAGCCGCCAGCCCAGCAACGAUGGCCACACCAAUCACCAGCGUGGCUCCGAUGACAAGUGCGGCGCCGAUCACGAGCCUCGCGCUGUCCUCAGACCAAUUUGGCCGCCUCGACGUGAACAACGAUGGCGGGCUCUCCCGUGAGGAGUUUGCGCAGCUCAUGCAGAUGCAGGGCCAGGUUCAGCCGGCACCCACCGGCGCGCCGAUCACGACGCUUCCACCCUCAACCUUGAAUGCCGCACCCGCAGGAACGGGGUCUUCUGUGAACUACCCGGCCCCCACUUACACAGUGAACACAUCUCCUGCGGCACCCGCUGCAACGGCACCGGCGCAGGGAUCCUCAUUGCAGUACCCACCCCUGCAAUAUCCGGCGCAGCCAGCUUCCUAUGCGCCGCAGCCGGUUUCCUAUACGCCGCAGCCAGUCUCCUACACGCCGGCCAUGUACCCGCCACAGGCAGCUUCCUACACGCCACAGCCAGUUUCCUACGCGCCUGCCAUGCAGUACCCGACGCAGCCAGCCUCCUACACGCCCCCACCAGUUUCCUUCACGCCCUCCUCCCUGCCCCCUGUGUCUAUGCCAGGCCCCAUGUCUGGUCCCAUGUCUGGGCCUGCUCCCAUGCCUGGUCCCAUGCUUGCUCCCAGUCCAUCAGCUGUCUACGCAGCCCCGGAAAACCCAGCUGCAGGGCCCGCAUCGACACCACCCCCAGGCGCUGUUUAUGCAGCCCCGGAGAAGAAGGCCCCGGCAGGGCCGACAGGGGCGACCCCACCUCCGGGUGCAGUCUACGCGGCCCCCGAGCAGCAGCCCAUGACUUACGCCGCCCCAGCAGGGCCGACCAACUCUCAGCCGCCUGCAAAUGCAAUCUACGCGGCCCCUGAGAAGGCACCGGCAACAGGGCCCUCCCCGUCUCUCGGGCCUCCUGCUAAUGCUGUUUACGCAGCCCCGGAGCAGCCACCCAUGACCUAUGCCGCGGGGCCCACCCCGUCCCUCAUGCCUCCUGUCUUAGAUCAGCAGCCCAUGAUGUACGCUGGUCCGACUGCGACCCCAUCUCUCAUGCCGACGUAUGGCGCACCAGCACCUAUGGAAGCACCUAUGUAUGCUGCUCCUGGCUCAUACGUGCCUAUGGAAAUGCCGGCCAUGUAUGCCCCCACCGGCAUGGACAUGCCCCAAUAUAGUGCAGCACCGGCCACCUACUCCUUGGCCCCCCAGGGCGCACCCCAAGGCGGACAACCCAUGUCGUCCUCGGCGGCAAUGGCGGCACCGUUCCAGACCGCUGGACCGGUCUACUCUCCCCAGCCCGUGUCCUACAUCCCAGCCUACGACCCGUAUGCGGCACAGCCUGCGCAGGCUUUUGGGGCGCAGCCUCAGUACGCUUACCCCGGCCAGAUGUCGGCUGCACCCACCGGCAUGCCCAGCUACCAGCCCCAGUACACAUACUCGGCCGCCCCGGCAGCAGCGCCCACAAUGAUGGACCAAUUCGGCCGCCUCGACGUGAACAACGAUGGCGUGAUCUCCCGGGAGGAGUUUGCGAAGCUCAUGCAGAUGCAGGGUCUCGGCCAG